GAUUAAAGAACGCGUAUUACAAAAUAUUUAAAUAAAUAAAAAAUAAUUUUCUGCGACGCGCUAUUCAUCCUGUUCGCAUCAUGUCGCAUCGUACCUGAUUACAUUUCUUAUCUUCUUUUAUCAUUAAAAUCUGCUCCAUUGCAUUUAUAUCGAGAUCUUCGAGUGUGUGCUAAAAGCCACUACAGAUCUACCCUUUUAUCUGCGGUGCGCCUAACGUUGGUAUGCGUUCCCGCAAAAAGUAAUUUCAACCAAUAAAUUUAAUCUAACUGUGCUCAAGACGUUCAGUAGAGAUGCGAUCUCCGCGUUGUGAAGUGCGACAGCUUUGAACGGGAGGAUGGAGAAUUUUGGCUAUAAGGAAGGGUCGGCCAAACCCAAACGCAGGGUUGGGACCAGAUCGACUAAGAUCAAAACCCAACAAGUUCCAAUAGCGAUGAAACCAAGGUUUUCGCUGACUCCGGAUGUUACGGUUCAUUGGCGAAACGACCCCGAAGCUGUACUUGCGGAAGACUUCGAAUACAUGAAGAUCGGUCCAUCACCGCCCGCUGAAAAUGCACCGAAUAUGUUUGAUAACUAUGAAGAAACUAAUGCCGAAUUUGGCUUUGAAGUGUCUAGUGAAACUAUUCGUACUUCGCUAAUGGAACAAAUGCGACUUUCAUCGGGUAGAUUGAAACUCUUGGAUAACAUAGAUCAAGGUAACAUCAUCGCUGCCAAUACGAAGGAAAUGUUUGAAGGUGCUACAAAAGCGGAGAGAAAUAUCAGCUUCCUGUUUGCAGCGUUCCUUAAACGAUGGGACUUGUUGGAGAGCCUGCUGGAAUGUGGCGCAGAAUUGAUAUUUUCAGAUAGUAAUGGAUUCAGUGCGUUGCAUUUGAGCUCGUUUAGUGGGUGCCUAAAUUGCACAAGUUUUCUGGUUUCGAAAGGAAUUGAGAUCAAUAUGCAGCCAAAGGCAUUUACACCUUUGCAUUGUGCCGCGUUUGGGAAUUCGGUAGACGUCGCUCGAUACCUAAUUACCAAAGGAGGAAAAUUGAAUAUCAAUACCAAGAAACAAAACUGCGAAGAAUCUUUGUUACACUGUGCGGUGCGUUCAAAUGCCAUAGAUUGUGUGAAGUUAUUCAUUUCGGAAGGAAUGGACGUUAAUUCUCUAAAGCCAAGUGGUAUGAAUGCUAUUCACCUGGCAGCGGAUUUAGGUUAUGUUGAUUGCUUGAAAGCUUUGCUAGAUUUUCCGACGGCAGAUCCGAACAUAAGGAUUGGAAUACGCGAAAAAGAAUCUACAGCGUUACAUUUGGCCGCUGACGAAGGAAACGUAGAGUGUGUGAAUUUGUUGCUGGCAAAAGGAGCAAAUGCAAAACUAAAAAAUCAUCGUGGGUUUACGCCCUUACAUCUUGCGGCUAGGACAUCCAGUCUGGAGUGCGUUGAGUUGCUUUUGAGAAUUGGAAGCGCGGAUCCGAACGCAGAGGACUUUGAUCAGCGCACACCAUUGCAUGCCGCAAUUGGAAAAUCUGACAUGGCUUUCGAUAUUAUUGAAACUUUGAUCUGCUGGGGUGCAGAUGUGAAUAGCAAAGACGUAUUUGGGUUUACUCCUUUGCACCUUGCAGCACUGGAUGGACUUGCCCAUUGCGUAGAAAUUCUAAUCUAUCAUGAUGCGGACGUUACAACAAAGUCAAAGAAGGGAACUACUGCAUUGAACGUUAUCACGAGAAAAACACCUGCGUCGUUAGCUAUGAUUGGCAAGAAAUUCGACGAUGCUAUGACGCUUAUCCACUCACAGGAUCCAUCGGAUAAUGAAGUUGUGUUGGAGUUGGACUUUAGAAGCAUUCUGCAGCAUUGCUAUCCACGAGAGAUCAGCUACUUAAACACAUUAGUAGAUGAGGGACAAAAAGAAAUUCUCCAGCAUCCUUUGUGUUCCGCUUUUCUUUACAUCAAAUGGGGAAAAAUCCGAAAAUAUUACAUUGCCAGACUUCUGUUCUGCUUCAUUUUCAUCCUUUUUCUUACUCUGUAUGUGUUGACGGCAUUGGCUCAUAACUGUUAUAAUGGAAGCAAGGAUAUGGAAGAAACUAUUCAAGAACAGGAACUUUGUCAGAAGCAAUCUAUUCUGGGAAAUAUGCUACGUAACAACCCAUUCGUAAUGGAGAUGCAAUGGAUGGUGCUGGUGGCUAUCACUUUUGUGGAAAUUUGUCGGAAGCUGUACGGCAUGACUGGAUAUUCAUCGAUUCGUCGAUACGUCACGCAACUGGAGAAUGUUACAGAAUGGUUCAUUAUAGUUAGUGUGUUCGUUAUUUCUUAUAUCUACACCAAACGCACGUAUACCUGGCAAAAUCAUAUCGGAGCAUUUGCAGUGUUGUUGGGAUGGACCCAUUUGAUGGUUAUGAUUGGUCAAUUACCAGUAUUUGGUGCAUAUGUAGCUAUGUACACAAAAGUUCAAGUAGAGUUUGCCAAACUCUUUAUAGCAUACUCGUGCAUGCUAGUAGGAUUUACGAUUAGCUUCUGUGUGAUAUUUCCAUCAUCUUCGUCCUUUGAAAAUCCAUUCAUGGGUUUCAUAACUGUAUUGGUGAUGAUGAUCGGUGAAGUGGAUCUAGAACUUUUAAUCAAUGAUCCCGAUGGAAAAGACCCUCCCUUCAUGUUGGAGUUGAGUGCCCAAAUCACCUUUGUUCUAUUUCUUCUGUUCGUCACGGUGAUCCUCAUGAAUCUUUUGGUUGGCAUAGCGGUUGACGAUAUUCAAGCUCUAAAGAAAACUGCCACUCUCUCUAAACUAGUCGGCCAAACAAAGCUUAUCUCUUACAUUGAAUCGGCGCUUUUUAAUGGAUGGCUUCCAAAUUGGCUACGUAGCUUACUGCACUAUACUGCCCUAGUUUCCCCUCAAGCGUACCGUGUGAUUCUGAGUGUAAAACCACUGAACCCAGAAGAAAAACGCCUCCCAAGAACGAUAAUGAUGGCUGCGUAUGAGGUGGCAAAGUCGAAAAAACAACCAGGCGCCACAACCAUCAGCAAUCCAGCUGCUUACAAAUAUCGCUUCCAGAACGGUAACGUAGUAUCCAGCCAGCAAACGAACGGUAACCAACCAUUGGAACGGAUCAUAGAGUCAGACUAUGGGUUCGAAACCGCUAGCUUGUGUACGCUGACCACGAAGAUUGAUGAAAGUUCAGAAAAGUUGGACGAACUUUCCAAAGAGCUUCUAGAACUGAAAGCGGUUUUGCAACACAAUCAAUGUUUGGUUGAUAAAAUUUCGAAGAUUCUUUUGAAGUAAAUGUAUGUGGAAGAAGUCAUGAAACAAGUGAAAUCCAUCUCACAUAAAGUUUAUAUAUGAGUUUUAAACCUUCAAAAUUAUGUAAAUCAUCAGUGAUAUUUGAAAUAAAUAAUAGUGUAAAAUAAA